GAUCUCUCAAAUUAGCAUCCAUUUUACUUCCAGUGAUUAUCAACUAAAUUAAUAAUCCACAAAGUAUUAAAUAACGUUUUUUAUGAAAUAUUUAGCACAAAAACAAUACCCUUUAAAUAUCGAUCGUCAGUAACUGUGGCUGACUUACCUAUAUUCUAGCAAGCAGGACUGCCAGAUGUGAAGGGGAAAUCCCCAAUAAAUUGUUGCAUGUGACUGAUGAUGUGAGCAUGUUCGUUUCAUAAUAAAAAUGUUGCCAGGUAACCAAAAAGUCGUAUGUUUUUGUGCGAAUUACGAUCAUAAUCUUUACGAUCGUACAUUAAAAAAUAGACAAAUAAUAGUAUGAGUACGAUUUAAAUCGUAUAUCUGUCAACCCUGCUAGCAAGACAGCGACAAAAUCACGUUGCAUAACAAUGUAGCCCAAGCUUAUAUCUUAUGAAAUAUACGGAAGAGAUACGGACUUAGAAAAAACAGAAAUGUUGUUCUUUGUGGAAGUCAUUGAUGAAAUUCUAUGUAUUUUAGCCCGCAAACUUUCUUCAAACAAAAACAGCGCCAUCUAGUAUCGAGUUCUGUAAUUAUCUCUUUGUUUAUGGAUUUGAAGUAAGACCGCCACGCAUGCAAUACAUUAUGACUGGGGAUUCCCCUAUUCGUCGACGCUGAAUAUGAGGCGACGACAAUCACUGUCAAACGUGUUCACUAUUACUCUGACUCUGGUAACGUGACUUCCUGGUAACGUGUUAGGUAGGAAAAGCAGUAAAAAAGUGCAUAUUAAGGGAGCAGAUUUGAAAUAAUAUUUAUACUUAACAAGAAAUAAUUAAAGGUUCAAUGGGGAGACCUAAAGAUUUACGCAUAUGGGAGCACUACCGUACUUUACCAAACAAGUCUGUUUCUUGCAAGCUUUGUAAUAAGGUCUACAAAUUCAGUAAUGCUGCCAAAAUGCUUCAACAUCUUAUCACUUGUCCAAAAUCUCCAGAAACAUUAAAAGACUCUAUGAAACUUAUAAAAGAUAGCUCGUCCAAAACCAAAAUGUCUGGACUGUCAGAGAUAGAGACAAAUGAUUCUUUUAUAAGCCCCUCGUCGUCUGCUAACACUACAAUAAAUGCUGAGUUUCAAGACACCGAUGAUCAUAUAAAAACAGAAUUAGCGAGAGCUAUAUUUGUAACAGGGACGCCAUUAUCGAUGGUGCAACAUCCUUUAUGGAUACAAUUUUUCGAAAAAUUGCAACCAAAAUUUAAAAUACCUUCACGUAAAGCUUUAGCGACAAAAUACUUAGAUAAAAUAUAUAGAGAAAUGCGUUUUGAGUUAAAUGAGGAACUAAAUGCUUGUAGUUACUUACACCUUCAGUGCGAUGGCUGGUCUAAUUUAAGAAAUGAAGGAAUAAUAAAUUUUCUUAUAUCAAAACCUCAACCUGCAUACGUUAAAAGUUUGAAUACAGAAAGUAAUCCUCACACUAGUGAAUACCUUAGCCAAGAAGUUGAAAAAGUAAUGAAAGUGUAUGGAGCAAAUAAGUUUCUUGUACUUAUUGGCGAUAACGCUAGAAAUAUACAAAAGGCAUUCGAAUUAACAAAACUCAAAUAUCCACAUGUUGUUCCUCUCGGUUGCUGUGCACAUAUCCUUAACUUGUUGUGCCAAGAUAUUGUAAAGAUACAAGAAGUAACUGUGUUUAUUAUGCAAGCCAUAAAUAUAAUAAAAACUGUUAAAAGGAGUCAACGAUUAAGUUCCUUGUUGAUAAAAUCAAGGCAGGGUGAAGAUUCUACACAAACACUAAAAUUGCCUUGUGCUACAAGAUGGGGAAGUCAUGUUACUUCGUUAAAAAGUUUGAAAGCAAAUAAGAUAGCUUUGCAAAUAUUAACAGUUAGAGAAGAUGUGGUAAUUUCAAGAGAUAUUAAAGAUUUAAUUCUAAGUGAUGAUUUCUGGACGAAGACAGGGGAAUGUAUAAGUAUUUUGGAACCAGUCACUGAAAGCAUAUUUUACUUAGAGAGCGACCAGAAUCGUUUGCAUCGCACAUACAUUACAUUUAGAGAUGUACAAGCUAAGAUACGUUUUGCAUUAAAUGAGAUUUCGACAUUGAGCGAAGAAAGCAAACAGCAGAUUCUAACAUCAGUAUCUUCAAGAUGCAAUAUGGCAAUGAGGCCAAUACAUUUUGCAGCAUAUAUUCUAGACCCCAGGACUCUAGGAGUCGAACUUACUCAAGAGGAAGAACUUAAGGGUAUGGAGUUUAUCUACAAUUUAAGCCAACACUUAAGUUUGUCAAAUGUAAUGGCAGAUUUGGCGUGUUAUAAAGCUAAAGAAAACUUUUGGGCCAGAGGAUUUGUAUGGAGCUCAUUAGAUAGCAUUGAGCCCCUAAUAUGGUGGAAAGGUAUUUGUGGUUCCACUGAGUUAAGCAAAGUAGCGAUUCGUAUUCUAUCAGCUCCCUGUACUUCGGCGGCCACUGAGCGUUCCUUUAGUAUCCAAGGCUACAUACAUAAUAACAAAAGAAAUCGACUUACAACUGAAAGAACUGAAAAAAUUUCAUUCAUUUGUUAUAACUGGAAUCUUAAACAUAAAGCUGAAUGCGAGGACAUUCAGUUUAAUGAAGAAAAUACCUUAGAAGCUUUCAUUGAGCAAGUAAAUGAACAUAACAGUUUAGACGAAAUAGAGCCUAUCGAACCUAUACAAUUCAUCGCUUGUAAUAACUCUGAAUCUGACAGUGAUUGACUGUAGUUUUACAUUUUACUUUCAUCUCUUUCUUAAUAAACUCAAAAUCAAAUUAAAAGUUUUUUAUUCUGUAGGCUGCAUAAUAAUAUUGUCUAUGUCCAGUAUAGUGGACGUCUUGCGGCUGAGAUGACGAUGAUGAAGUACAAAAUCAUAAACACCCAAAAAUUUGGGUGUUUAUGGGGUUUAAACCCAAUAAACCCAAAACACCCGGUUUUUACCCACCAGACUUUAAACCCACCCAGGUGGAUUGCCCAUCU